AGUACAACACCAUUUUUCUCAGGGUGACAGAUAGUAGAGGAAACCUGUUUUUGGGACUAGUUCACACAACUUCGUGUGGACCUUCAUGCUGAAAAAGAUGACAUCUGUCACGUGCAUUUACAGAUCGUUGUUACUUUGACGCUGCAGUUAACACGGACGGGAUCAAUUUGAUUACCAUUCGAGUGAGCAUAGCUGCGUGCACCUGACUUUCAGACCGCUACUAGUGUGUUUACAUAAUGCAAAAUUCCUUGGAGUCGCUUGUGAAUGUGCUUGAGUCGUACAGAGGAAGAGAUAAAGUGAUAAGGACACUGUGCUAUGGGUCCCAGCUGGUUGGUGGGGUUCUGUCUGAGAAGCCAGGGCUGUCAUCUGCACAGCUUGGAAAGAGCCUCCUACUGUUCUCUGCACAGCUAAGCCACUGUCGGACUGUACUUAGACUCUUCGAUGAUCUCUCCAUGCUCACAUACUCACAAAGCUAUGGUCUUGGAGCCGGGGAGGAAGAUUCUGCACUGCGCUUGAUGUCUGUGCUGAAUAAUGUGGCUGACCAGCUGUAUUACCCCUGUGAACAUAUAGCGUGGGCUGCCGAUGCCGAGAUCAUCAGUGCCAAGUCUGACAAAUGGUGGCUACUAAGCGGUAUACUCUGGGGAGUAUCUCUGCUUUUAGGCGUUUUCAGGUCUAUGAGGGUUAUCAUGCUGCUGAGGAAGAAGUUAAGGAAGUCAAGACAAGGCGACAGUAGUGAGGGAACUGUUGCCAGCAGGUGUCAGCUCCGGAGGCAGGUGCGAGGGGAGGUCCUCAGUAUUCUCAGCAGCAUGGCAGAUCUGAGUAACGCCAUUCAUUGGAUGCCCCCUGGUUUCCUCUGGGCAGGACGCUUUCCCAAUUGGCUAGUAGGACUUAUGGGCACCACAUCAUCCCUGAUUGGCUUGAUCCAAAUGGGUGCCAGUCAAGCAGUCAGUGCCUAGUCUUAUUGCUUUGACAAAUCUUUUUUUUACUAACACAUUUUCAUAACCCAAUCAGCAUUAGUGGACAAUGUAAUUUGUUGAAAAAUCUACUGAAAAUGGGGGAACAUUCCAACAUCAAACCCUGUUCUGGAUUACAUCGUUGCGCCCAGUGUUGGUAAUUAACGGUUUGUUUAUCACUGUUCUUGCCAAAGCUCCACAACCAGAUGCAACAGUUGACUAUUAUCUGUUUUAAACCGCUACCAACUGUUCAGCGAUGUUGAACAUAGGCCAGACUUGUUGAUACUAGUAGGAAUACAGUAAAACAUGGGAAGCUCUGUCAGCCUGUGCUUAAGUGGAGUCAUGUUCAGCUGGCCUACUGUUUCUCCUAGCUAUGCACUCCAAUUAUCUGUCAUGAUUCUUAGUAUUUCUCACAUAAACCCAUGGAAUGUGAAGUGAAACAAUCUAGAAUAUCUAUUACUAAUUUUUUAUUAGAAAAUGUAUGAAUCUAUUAAUCCACGGAUCAUUCAGGAUGAAUGAAGAUUGUUUAUUUGUUUUUGUUAGAUUUUUUUGGGCAGAAUUUUGAAUGUUAGAUAUUAACAAUAUUGCUGUAACAUUAAUUGUUUGGCAUUUUGGCACCAAUAAUCUCAUUUUUUGUAAAAUAUAAUCAUAACUUUGGCUCAGAAUAGCAAUUGCCCUUUCAAUAUGGUAAUGCUCAUAAAACCAAUCUAAUACCUUGAACACAACAUUUAUGUGGCUACUAUUUCAACCACUGAAACAGGCUGGACAUGUUAAUUGGCUAUCAGUUGCUGUGAUCAGUGUCAAAUUGCAAUUUGUAUGGUGAAUUGUAAUUUUCAUGUUCAUACUUUUCCUAGAAUAAAAUACACUCGAAGUUAAAUUA